AUGAAAAAUUGUAACAGUGAGACCAAGUUGAUUUACAGAACGUUGAGCGACAAAUUUUUUGUCAUCAACAAACCUGUAAACUGGACAUUAACGAGGAAAAAAAUAAAACGAGUAGAGGAGGGGGGAGGGGGAUGGGGUCCAACGGGUAAGCCAUCUCCCUUGUUAAGUAGAAACAGUGACAAAGCAAAAUCGGUGGAACAAACAGACUACCCAAAUGGGAAACAGAGAAGUAACAUGUACAAGAAAGAACGCUUUCUUAACCAGAUGAAUAACCUAAGUAACGCUGAAAAAAAUGCAUACCUUUACACAAAUUCUGCCUUAUACCUCUACAACGACUUCAAUUUCAAUCUGAGUGGAAAUUCCACAGAGCAUAACCAUAAGGAUAAAUUUGUGCAGAAAUAUUACGUAGAGUCCCUGCUAAAAUGUGAGACGGACGGGGAUGUGUACUACCCGUAUAAGCUGCCUAUAUACAUGAGUGGUCUUGUUAUAUGUUGUCGAGAUUUACUCAUUUACAAGAAAUUUUUGCAGAUGAUUAGGGAAAAUAAGCUCGUGCGAAAGUACAGAUGUUUGGUGCAUGACCCGUUCGUCUUUAUUAAUAGUAACAGAGUGAACUUUUCUCAUGAAGGGAGGUAUAACUAUCCGAACCGCAGGGGUGUCAUUUCCCCUGUGAGGAAGGCAUCGAACACACACCCCUAUGCAUACACAAGCAAAAACGAUGAGGAAAACAAAAUUGAUCGAAGGAAAGCUACUCACUUCUUAAAAUCCCUACAAGCACAAAAGGAAGUGAGUGAUAUGUUUCCGUAUUAUAAUUUUUUUGGGGACGAUCCGUAUUCCUCCAGUUACUGCUAUCGGUUGGCCGACUUAACAAUCGAUGAAUGGAAAAGGAGAGUAGAUCCCACGACAUGUAGUAUAAAAAAAGAGGUUAACAACAAACAUAGAAGUAGCACACCUCACAGGGGGGGAAGAGUCACAACUAGAGAAGAAAAGACCCUCAAUUUUGACCACUUCGUUUCUGCCUUUUUGAGAAGAAGUCCCCCUGUGAAGAGCCUCAAUCGUUUUUUGUUCAACCUCCUCCACGGAAAUGGCACAACCAUGAAUGGAAACGAAGAAUACAAUUUAGGACGCGAGAAUGAACUCCGAGUGGGUCCCCCUAUUAAACAGACAGAGCAGGAGAAAGAUAAACAUAGUGACUCAAUUGUAAGACGAACAAAUGGUGACAACGUACUCUACAAUGUAGAGAUCCAAAAGGGAUGUCUGCCCAAAGAGGGGAAAAUCAAAUUCCCCUUAUCUCUGUACUUCAACGAAGGGAACUUUUAUACCUUUGACAAGACGUUAGAAAACAACUCUGUGCCUAUCUCUAUGAUUUACAGAAUGGAGAAUUAUAGGGACUACUUGAGGAGGAAUUCAAAGACGUUGUUGAAAAGGGGGGAAGGUUUAAAUUUUUCCGUGGAUAAAAAUUGUAACGUUUGUAUUAUCGAGUUUGUCCUUCUGGAUAAUCCUAAACCUGACUUGAUCAGAUUCUUCUUCAGCGAACUGAACACCCCCAUAAUUAAUGACAGUAUAUUUGACAGGAAUUCUUUCAAACGGGAUGUAAUUGGUGAAGUGCUUUUAGAUCAUCUGCAGGACAGUCACGUAGAUUCUUCCCCACGUGUGGGGGGUUCUCCGCUCUUCGAUGUGGCUACCCAUUUGGAUGUUGAAGUGGAUCAAGUGGAUGACGUGCAAUCUACCACCUUGGAAUUUCAAAGGCGUGAUUGGAAAAUUAAGGAGUAUUUACUUAAAGCGAGGGACCCCGACGUUAACGCUUUCACCAUCCCUGGAGUGGGGGUAACUUCGCAAGACUCCGAUCGGAAAGUACAAAAAAUAAAUCCAAGUAAUUUCAUCAUACAGGAGGGGCAUCCAAGUGGUAGACACGGUAAAGAGGGGAAUAACUACCCACAGAGCAGCGGCGAAGAAAUGAAUCUUUCCAAUAAAAACACGAAUCUGUGUCUCGAACUAUUUGAGCUGCAGUUUUUGGAUCCAAUCAACGGGGAUCACGUAAAGAUAGAAAAUUCCCUCCCCAGCGCCUGGCUUUAA